CUCCGUUUAGAGAGAGAGAGGAUUGAGUUGUCCUGGCUUGAGAUUAUAAAAUCCCUUUCUAUUCCUUCACUUGUUUUCGUUCUUGUUCACUUCACAAACCUGAUUAUUGAUGGCAACGCCAACGGACACAGAUUGGAGUUCCCAAACGAACUGGACCGUUGCCUCCGGUUCUCUCCGUAACUGCCUCACCUUCGAAUCCUCACUCUCUUCCUUCGACGAUGAAGCUUCCACCUCCGAAUCCUCUCCUCUUAUUCUUCACCCUCCCUCACCCGAUUCUGCUCCUUGCGAGAUCAAGAUUAAUUUUGCUGAGAAACAUGAGCUUAGACAAGUCUACGUUCGAAGCACGGCUCGAGUGUAUGAGAUUUACUCUGCACUCGACCUUCAAAGCAACGACGAUUAUCUCUGUACCGUUCGAUGUGGUGUCGCUGCUAGAGAUGGUGAAGUUCUUCGUCCUCCUAAUAUUCAAGAAAUUGAUUCUUUAACUAACAAAGAUUAUGGUGACGAUAAUGUGAAAAAUGAAGAUGAUUGGGUUGAAGUCAAAGUUGUUGAUACUCCUGUGCAAACAAAACCCUACAUCGACUCAACCAAAACCACUCAGGAUCUUUAUGAGGCUACGGCAGAGGUUAAUGACGCGAAUCCUUGCAUUUCUGUUACACUUCGUCUGCUCUCGCUUCAGAAUAAAGGAUGCGUUUGUGUUGAUGAGAUUUAUGUGUUUGGUGAUCCUGUGGAUUCAGCUGAUUUAGAAAGCCAAGAAAGUCGUAAUGAAAACUCAUCUGGCAGUUCUCUCAUGGCUAUGUUUCUUCCGACUAUAAUGCAAUUAUCUAAGACAACAGGUCUAGGCCAUUUGAAUGCUGUUAGAAAGGAAAAACAAUAUGUUUUGGAGGAUGAUAAGGAAGAAACCCACCUUAGUGAUUCUGUAGUUAAAACACAGCUGAAAGGAAAAGAUAGCAUAACUGAUCCUCAAGAAGUGAGUUUGAAAGAGGUGAAAGGAGGUUGGGCGCGUCCAUCCCAGGUAGACGCACUCUCACAAGUUGCUAAAGUGGAGAGCGAACAUGCUGCUGUACCCUCACAAGCCGCUAAAAUUGAGAGCAAUUGCAGUGUUGUACCCUCAAAAAUUGCUGAAACGGAGAACAAUCAUGGUUCUGUUCCUGUUCGAAUUGCUGAAACGGAGUGCUAUAAUAGUGCUGUUCCCUCGCAAGUUGCUAUUACUGAGAGCAAUCAUGGUGAUUCUUUGGGUGGCAAUGUUGAAAGGGCCCUGGGACAGCUUCUAUCACGAAUGGACCGGAUAGAAGAAAUCUGUUUGGGCUUUCAAGAGAAAAUGGUAAUGCCCAUGAACAGCAUCGAGGCAAGACUCCAGCGAGUUGAGCAGCAACUUGAUACACUGACUAAGAAAGUGCAGAAUUCUGCAUUGCCAUCAUGUUCUAGAAUUUCUGCUCCUGAUGCUUCUUGUAUUGAAUCAGAUGCCAACUCCUCAGACAAUUGUCUUGAUCAUGCUUUCUCUGAGCAGCAACUUGAUACACUGACUAAUAAAGUGCAGAAUUCUGCAUUGCCAUCAUGUUCUAGAAUUUCUGCUCCUGAUGCUUCUUGUAUUGAAUCAGAUGCCAACUCCUCAGACAAUUGUCUUGAUCAUGCUUUCUCUGAGCAGCAACUUGAUACACUGACUAAUAAAGUGCUGAAUUCUGCAUUGCCAUCAUGUUCUAGAAUUUCUGCUCCUGAUGCUUCUUGUAUUGAAUCAGAUGCCAACUCCUCAGACAAUUGUCUUGAUCAUGCUGUCUCUGAGCAGCAACUUGAUACACUGACUAAGAAAGUGCAGAAUUCUGCAUUGCCAUCAUGUUCUAGAAUUUCUGCUCCUGAUGCUUCUUGUAUUGAAUCAGAUGCCAACUCCUCAGACAAUUGUCUUGAUCAUGCUGUCGCUGGGGAAGUUGAAUCAGACGAGAAAUGUUUACAUACAGAAGUACUGCAUGUCUCUCCCCAUGACGUGUCUGAUUCAUCAGAUACUACUCAAUUGCUCUCAGGUCUUGUAGUUUCAGCUCCUCAGUUUCCUGAUGGUGAGGAUGAAGAAGAUAAUGCAUCAGGACAAGAAAUGAAUUCUUCAAAUGAUAAAGGAAAGCAGUCAAUUGAUGAUGCUUUAUCCUCCGCAUUAGCUAAUUUUUUAUCGUCUUUAGAGUCUCCAGAGUAUACGAAAAUUCUAACUGUUAAAGCCCCAGACUUUUCCAAUGAAAAUGAUGAAGACCAUGAGAGCAAUAAUGAAAUAGUGAAAAUUGACUCAGAUCAUCUCAUGGACAGCGAGAAAAUUAAUCACAUCCAAGUCUUGGCUUUGUCUGAUAUUUCUUUGGAAAGUGGAGAGGAGGUGAAUAGAGAUUGUAAUGAUAAACACUCUGAAGAGACUGCCCAGGAAGCUGAGGAAUAUGACCAAUUCCGCAUUGCAGAAGGAGAUCAAGAUCAGGUGUGUGCUGAAGUCAGUAUUUUAGAUGAACAUAAUCCAGGAACAGGUUUCAAUAACAACGAUGAAGAAGACGAAAACGGAAAAAUCAAUGGUCAGAAAAGUGAUGGUUUGUUGUCCAAUGUAAGUGAGAUCUCAAAUGAGUUGCUUGACAAUCAGACCCCCGAUGGUUAUAGUAUUACUCAGGAAGGACCAUCGACAAGGACUGACCUUACAGUUGCAACAGAGGUCCCAGAAAAAGCCUCCGUUGAGAACAUUAUAGAGAAUGUUCUUGGAUUUUCGCUUGCUUCCUCCGUAGUAGAUUUUGAAAUCCCACUCUUGGAUGUAAAAUUCAAUUCUCAGAGAAGUCCUGUUGGUGAGCAUUUCCUUGAAGCUCUUCUGGGUGAGACGCCAGAGACCAGCUCAAGAGAUCCAUCAGUCAAGGAAAGCAGUGAUGAUCUUCCCGUUAAGGAACAAUUGAAAAGCAUUGAUGAUCUCUCAUUUGAGGAGCAAAGACUACAGCACUUGAGAAAUCCGGCUUCUGUCAAAGAAAAGUCCUUGAUUGAAGUAGACAAUGGAGAACCGGAGAAUCCGGCUAGCGAUAGCCAUUCUGCUGUGGACAAAGACUACUGUACUUCGAUAACUGUACCUGUGAACAUCGAGGGUGAUAAUCAGCCACUGCCAGGGGACCAUAAACGCAAGCGUGAUCAAAUAUCUACACCAUGUCUCAUAUGAAGUGGUUUCUUGACCUGUUUCUGUUCAUAAACUUUGGAUUUGGAUUUGGAUGUCGAUCAUAUAGGCAUUAUAUAACAUAGUUGUUUUCAUGAAUAUGAUCUUCGUGCUCCCUUAUUUAGAUUUUCGAGAGUCAGUAGAAAGUUCUUUGCGUAGAGAGAGUCAAUACAAAUUACUUCGUAGAAACAUGUUGCAGCUGUUCUGAGUUUAUGGCGUGGUUGCAUGUGAGUAGUAGUAGUAUGUAUCGAUUAUCAACUGACAACUGUAAAUAGUCAAUCACUCCCUGGUUGUACUUGCAGGAGAAUUAUUCGGAGGUGAUAUUUUUUUCCUUUUUUACAUUAAUAGGUAAUCAAAUAAUGAG